CAUAAAUCGAAAGAAGAGGAGAACAACUUACUAAAGAUCCUUGCGUCAAAAUCUGAGCAGAUCUGAGCAAAACUGCACUCCCAUAGUCGAAAUCCAACCUCUUCCAAUAAGAGGACGAGGACGAAUGUCUUCUGGCAGCGCCCAACGGUAUAAUUCUAGGCAGGGUGCUUGUAUCCACUGCAGGCAAACAGGGCAUUCUUCAAAUGAUUGUCCUUCACAAGCCUCUCGUCCUGGUAGUGCUUGGUCUCGGGAAAUGAAUCUACAAAAUGGUGAAUCUUCAAUCCGUUGUGAUAGAUGUGGUACAGCUUGCACUUUGCAGACUGCUAAUACUGCAAAUAAUAGGGGGAGGAAGUUCUAUUCAUGCCGAUCGCAGGGGUGCAACUUCUUUGUAUGGGAGGAUGAGCUCAAUGGAGGAAGAAGUGCUCCGCAUGGGUAUGUUAGCAGCUCAACAUCUAAUCCGAAUAGGAGGGGCGGCCGCGGUGGAGCACAUGCAAAUGAUGUGACAUUUGUGUCAGCAACAGGUGAACCCGUAUCCGGUAGGAGGUGUUUUGUUUGUGGUGAUCCAUCACACUUUGCAAAUGUCUGCCCCAAUCGUGGUAUGUGAAAUGGAUACCCCUAACAUGCAGGUCCUUGGUUUAAGCAUUUGUCUUCUCAUCUUGAAAAUGAAUGUUUUGUCUUCUCAUCUUGUAAAUGAAUGUUGGUACUAAUGCAUAGAGGAAAGAAAAUCGCUACCUUUUGUAUCUCUUGUGUUUACCUUGUUUUAAGUCUAGAUUUUUGUCUUAAUAUCAUCAACCAGACAUAUUCG